CUUUGGAGAAGAGACCAUCUUUUUGCAGUCUGUUUGCACAGUGUCUUGCACAAUGGGAUUCUGAUCAAGGACUUCCAGGUGUUCCAAUAAUGAAAAAAAUUUUCAAAGCAUACCCACCGCUGCUGCUGUCAGACACCAACAGAAGAUUCGGGCACACCCUGCAUCCCAAGACCUGGAUGGCUGCGUGUUUCCCUGAGCCCUCUGUCUGAGUAGCCAUAUCGGUAACUGUGGCUGGAGAGUCUGCAUGAGAGGCGGAAGCCACGGUUUUCUGCCUGGUGGAUACCAUGGCCAGGCUCUUCAUGAGAGGGUUACAACCACCAUCGGAAAAGACCGUUGGAGAAGAGCGGGAAUUUUCGUCUUAGGAUUGCCGUAUGCUGUUCUCCACAGUGGAUACAGUGGCCUGUUUCUUAUUGUCUUGGCUGCAGCAUUAUGCUGUUAUACAGGCAAAAUUCUAAUCACUUGCCUGUAUGAAGAAAAUGAAGAUGGGCAGCUCAUAAGAGUGAGAGACACAUAUGAAGACAUUGCAAAUGCCUGCUGCAGAAAGCUAUCUCCCAACUUAGGUGGUAUAGUCGUCAAUGUGACCCAAGUUAUGGAACUGAUCAUGACAUGUAUUUUGUAUCUGGUUGUUAGUGGGAACUUGCUGUCACACAGUUUUCCGUAUGUACCAAUGACUGAGAAAACUUGGUCUGUAAUUGCAUUUAUUACAUUGCUGCCUUGUGUAUUUAUCAAGACUCUCAAAAUUGUUUCCAGACUCAGCCAGCUUUGCUCCUUGGUUCAUUUCAUUAUUAUCUUUGUAGUGAUGACUUACUGUCUCACACAAAUACAUCAGUGGUCCUGGGCAAAAUUCAAACUCUCCAUUGAGUUUGAGGACUUCUUGGUUUCUAUAGGGGUGAUCAUUUUCAGUUACACUUCACAAAUAUUUCUUCCCACUCUUGAAGGUAACAUGAAAAAACCAGGGGAAUUUAGGUGCAUGCUGAAUUGGACUCAUUUUUUUGCUUGUGUCUUGAAAACGACUUUUGCCCUGACUGCAUUCUUAACCUGGGGUGAGGAGACAAAGGAAGUUAUUACUGACAACCUGCCAUCAUUUCUUCAAACCCUAGUGAAUUUGUGUCUUUUAACCAAGGCUCUUCUUUCUUACCCUUUGCCCUUUUUUGCAGCCACAGAAAUUGUGUAUGCUUGUAUUUCUAGAGGUAACUAUUCCAAUUACAGUUCUCCACUGUUUGCUCUGGGUCUAAGAGGCUCAUUUCUCCUGUUAACUCUGCUGAUGUCCAUGUUCAUACCACAUUUUGCCCUGCUGAUGGGUUUAACAGGCAGUAUAACAGGUGCUGCUAUGACUUUUCUUCUUCCUUCUCUCUUCCACUUAAAACUUAAAUGGAAAAAACUAUCCUUCUUUGAGAAAUGUGCAGAUAUCUCUGUUUUUAUUUUGGGUUUCCUUUGCAGCCUUGCAGGCAUAGUUUGCUCAAUAAGAGGGCUACUUAAAGUAUUUGGAGGGUAAAAAGAAGGGUAAAAAGAUUUUCAGAAGGCCAAAUAAGGCCCUAAUUUUAUAAACACUUUUGCCCUGUUAGUCAGUAUAUAACAAAUUUUAUCGCUAAGUAAAAUUAAGCAUAUGCUUAAAUGUUUGUAGAAUCAAGGCUUUAAUUUGUAAAAGUAUGUGGUUCUAACCAAACUGAAAAAUAAUCUUUAUAGCCCAAAUGUACAAAAUGACCCACAUUUAAAAUGUUGGGAGGAAGGAAGUUGUUUGAGAUGGUUCAGCAUCAAAAUAAUAUUAAAAUAAUACUGUAUAUUUUUGUUAAUACAUGACAUGCACAUCCUAAAAAGGUUACUGCAAGGGAUUCUACCAACCUCACCAGAAUGUCUCGCAGAGUUAGAUACUGCUCAUUCUCAAAGCUAUGAAAUCUAGCUUACAGAAUAUGAUAGAGUUUGAGAGAGCUGUCAUUGCAAACUGAUAAAAUGUGAUUUCACAGCAUUGGCAGAAUGUAAUCCAACAUGUGAACAGAACAAAUCAGUGAAUUCCAUAUUCGAUGUAAGACAAGCUCUACUACUUGUUUUUCAAGAGAGCAGGCAAAAAGAGAACUCAGUUUAUAACAGCUUUGAAAGCCUGUUUUUAUCAUGAGUUCAGAUGGGAAUUGUCAAAGUAAAAGGGGCAUUCUAAAAACUCACAGUCAUGGAAAAGGGAAUUUGUUCUAGAAGAAGCUGUAGCUGAUGACUGCAGCUUUUCUGCAAGUAUAAUUCCUAAGAUUCAUGCCCCUGCAAUGCAGUUAUUCUAUUGGUUGGGUUACAAGAAGUCUCAUUGGUAGCCGGAAGAAGUUAAUAUGCAGUUCACUUUCCCUCUUAGGCAGGAAAUUUCUUUGAUCUUUUUAUUUUAUCUGAUGAUAUUAAAAGCUAGAUGAAGUAAAUCAAGUUCAAUAAACAGACACUCAGUUAACUUCCUAUACAACUUACUGGAUCUUUAGCUUUAAAAGAUAUCAUCUUAAUAAAAAGAUCAGCAUCACAAUGUAUUUCACUUUAGGGAUAAAACAUUAUGACAAGAAGCAAACUAAUCAGAGUACUUUAAUGAAUACAUAUCACCUUAUUGUACUAAACCUAUGUUAUGUUAGGUAAUUAAAGUAAUGGUUUGAAAAAAUAAAGUUUGCAUUUCAAUUACAAACAAUUUCACACAACCUUCUACUCUGUUAUAUGAAAAAACCUUUGCAAGUCAAUAUAAGAGUGGAUCAUGGAGUAAAAAGCCCACUAGUAACUGCUUAAGUAAACGCUUUUUCUAUGUAGUAUCUUAGCAUGAAUGCUGCUGUCCUGCAUGAGCAACAGCGACCUCUCAAGGCUUAUGUGCUGAAUGGUAAAUAACAUGCAAUCAAACUUAAGAGAGUCCUAAUAAGCCUUGUAUGUCACCCUGUUCCUUUCUUUGUCUCUUAAUGUACACUUGUCAUGCGUGGAAUAGUGAUGAAAUCAUUAUUAGAAUUAAUGUAUUAUAUAAUUACAAAAGUAUUAAGAAAACUGAUAAAUUAACUAGUUUUUUAGAACUUGCAUUAUUUCUUUGUUACAAUGGAUCAAAUUCUGCACUUAUCUUAAAUCCACAACAGUUUAAUUGAUUGAUACUGAGAUUUGUACUGGAACGAAUAGAAGGUAUGUAUUUUUUAAGAAGUCUUUUUAUUUUUGUGUAGAAUGACAAAGACAUGUAACUCAGUGAAGUAGCUGAAAGCCUGUUAUUACCCCUAUGACAUGGUCAGAAUGAUGUUAUUACUUGGAUGAUGUCAAUGAAAGCGUGUCAUUACUUAUUG